AUGGCAUCUAGAACAGCAUGUGCUAAUCCUGACUGUCAUAAGGGCAUUGGGCUUUUUCCAUGCAGCGGUUGUCAACAAACGUUUUGUCGAAAACACUCGAACGAACACUACCAAGCAUUGCAUGAAGAGUUGGACAAAAUUGUUUUGGAACAUGAUUCUAUCAAACAACAACUGCAAAGCCGUCCGAUGAAUUGUACACAAGAAAUCGAUCGAUGGGAAGAAGAGUCAAUAAGGAAAAUAAAAGCGGUGGCAGAAGAGGCCAGAAUGAACUUGUGCCGAUUAAUAAAUGUCAGAAAAGAAGAAAUGAGAACAAACUUUCAAGUAUUCACGGACGAGAUUGGAGCGAAACGAACUUCUGGAGAUUUCGUUGAACCUGAUUUGGAUAAAUGGAAACAAGAGCUAGAAAAAGUAAAACAUGACAUAGACUCGCUUGAAAAUAUAAAAGUUAAUGAUCAUUUAUCGACGACAAUCAACAUGCUUGAAGUGAGUAUAAUGCCAGCACUGUAUUACUCUCACUCUGGAGGAGAAAGAUUUGAUCGCGUGAUUGGUGAUAUAGCAUUGUCAGACAACGGUCGUGUAGCUACUCACACAGGUGAUAUAUUCCAUCCAAAUGCAAGUGUUUAUGGUGCAAAUCGCUAUUCUAGUGGUACUCAUUGUCUAUCACUUUAUAUCGAACAAAUGCACUGGCUCUUUUUUGGUGUAAUAUCGACUUCGACAUCGUUGAAAGCAGAUGCUUACAAGUCUUCAUCAGCAUAUGGAUGGGUUGGCGACAAUGCUGUGCCAGUAAAAAAUGUUUAUUUGAAAGGUGAGAGUGGUCGAGGAUAUGGUGGGUACGACAAUGAUAUGAAACAAUAUGACAUCAUCGAUAUAAUUUUCGAUUGUGAUGAGAAAAGAAUUCGACUUGUCAACAAACGAACAAGGAAAACUUAUGAGAUACCAAUUGAUCUAAAUAGCUGUCCAUUACCAUGGCGAUUCGUGAUCAGCUUCUAUUGGCUGGGUGAUCGUGUUAGAAUCUGGUAG